AUGAUAAGGGAAAAUAUUGAUGAGAAAUAUGUGGAAACAUCCGCCAUGAGACGGCGAUGUAGCGAGUUCUCAUCAUUUUAUCCGCAGUGUAGACAUUGCUUCUACUUUGUGGUUGGCACUGAGGACAACGAUGACAAUCCGGCCGUUGUGGGCGGGAAGCUUGUUACAACUGAUAAAGGUGUGUUAUCAUCCGCAGAGCAUCCGGAACGAAACAAACAGUAAUUUAUUAGCAUUUCACCGUGGAACACUUUAAGCUGCUUUUCAAGGAGCGGCCGUCUAAUUAAUGAGCUAAAAUGAGCUGCCGAAAACGAAUUGAUGCAUUUACUACCUUUUGAUUUAUACCAAAAUUUCGUACUUUUAGGCCUCAUUUUGCUUUGUGUCGAAGAUACGAAUUCGGUUUUGCGUGUCCAAGGAUCAUGGCUUCGGGGCUGGACAAGGCCAAGGCCGUCGCCUUGGGCAUUAUUUUGUUUCUUUCUAUUGGCAUUCUGUUCGUGAGUGUCGUGACGUUGUUUAAAGUUGGAAAUAAGCAAAGUGCAACGCCAGCAGAUGCAACGACGACAACAACACCCGUUCCAGAUGAUGAGAAACCGGAUACUCGUAAGUCAGAAGGCACUAUUAUCAGUCUGUCGGGAAAAUAACGAGCGCAUCGAAAAAUCGCAUCGCCGCCGAGAAAAUGAAUUGAGUUGCGGCAAAAUCAAUUUUUUUUUCACUUCAGCAACACGAUCGGCGCAGCGAUAAGAAAGUAAGAAAAAAUUUCAGCUCCUACCCAUCCAACAAAAGCAACAACAACCACAACAACGACUCGUCCGCCAAGCAACGGCGGGACAAACAUCCGACCUGCCGAGCCAAUUGAUCCGAAGAAUUCGAAAUACCCGGCAUUCAAGAGCUACGCUGAUGACUUGAUAACGCAUGUCAAUUUUGCAUUUGAUCCAUGCGAAAACUUUUAUGAAUAUACAUGUGCCAACACGCAGAGGGGAGGCUUUAGUUUCCAGCAACUGAUUGACCAAAAUUUUAAAAAUCUGUUGAAAGGAGUUAAAGGAACAAAUGUAAGUGUUACAGCGGCUUAUAAUAUAGAUUUCUGUGAUUUUAGAACAACGAUUAUGCCGUUAAAUUUCGUUCUGCAUUUAACCUUUGCUACGAGGCAGAAAAGAAAGCAGAAAAGUAUCCAAAGUCCGCUGAGACGAUUCAAAACUUCUUCAAAGAGAAUUCCAAGAAGAUAAAUCUCCCAUUCCCAACUUUAUCGUCGUCUUCGGAAUACACUCUGCCAUCUCCCAUUGAAAUGGCCCAGAUCUUGGCCUAUUUAACUCAUCAAUAUGAAGUCCGAACUCUUCUAAAUUAUCAGAUCGAUACAGUUUGGCCUCAACCUUUCAACCCACCGCAUCAUCAUAGGCCAGUCUACCAGCUGUUUAUCGACCAGUCAAAGACCUUUUAUCCGGAAAGGUAUUACAGUCUUGUUUGGGACGAGACAAAGCCCAAGUAUAAGAAAGAUAUCAAGGACUUGGUGAACAAAGCCGCAAAAAUUUUGAAGGCCACAGUGGGCGAAGAGGUCUUGGAGAAAGAUGUUGAUGACGCAGUGGAAUUUGAAAAGCAAUUGGCGCUGGAAAUAAAUGCUGCGGCAUUGAGCAGGAAAAAUUUUGGAAGGUACGUCAAUUUUAUUAUCAUCAUUUUUACUGCAGAUAGACCUAAAAGAAUAUGCUUUUAAAAAAUGCAUAUUGCUCAAUGAACCUUUAUGGAUAUCUCUUAUUUUAGAUCCUACAAUCUCCGAACUGCCGAGCAAAUGAAAAACAACGGGCUAGUUGACUUCAAGGAGUACAUUUCCCAAAUUUCCCAGCAAACCCAAACCGCAAUUACCAACCGAGUAACCAAUUCGACCUACGAAUUUGUCCUCAUGGAACCGGACGUCUUUGCUCGUCUGACAAGCUACCUCAAAACUGCCUUAAACCCCAGAGUAUUUUACAACUACAUCAACUAUCGGUUUCUCCUUGGAGUCGCCGACUACUUCCCUAAGGAAGACAGUUUUGGGUCGCUGGAAAACGACGACGAAGCACUGCAAUUGAAAUGCCUGAGGAAAUUGAAUAGCUAUUUGCCGGAGGCUGCCGGCCGAAUCUUCGUCGAGACAGUGGAGCCGAACCGAGUAAAGAGGGUGGAGUUGAAGGACAAGAUUGGAACUAUUGUCUCGCAAGCUGUUGCGGGAUUCCAGGUAAAGAUUUGAUAGCCAUCCAGAAUAUCAUUUUAGACCCAACUCCUUGAAAUCGACUGGCUGUCUCCUGAAGCCAAGCUGGAAGCUAAUAAGAAGUUGAAGUACGUAAACAGAAACAUCGGAUACGCCGACUGGCUAGACGAUGAUGAGAAGCUCAACAAAUUCCACGAAUUUUUGGAUACAAAAGGUAAUUGACCAAUAUUGAUCAAUAGCUGUACUUUUCAGCUCCAACUUUCCUAGAACUCGAGAGAAAUCUUCGUUUGUUCAACCACAGAAACAAUUGGAACAAACUAUUGCGCAAUGACUACGACCGCACAGAUUGGCCUCCAAUUUCGGCUGUAAAUAUCGAUGGCUGGAACGAGGUCCGUUGGAACUCGGUUACAUAUCCCUAUGGCAUUCUGCAACGACCUUUCUACGAUCCGAACUAUCCGGCUGCGGUAAACUUUGGAGGUAUUGGCCAUCUGGCGGCCCAUGAACUCAUUCACGCCUUCGAUGACGCUGGAGUUCAGUGGGAUAGUCUUGGAAGGCUACGUAAUUGGCUGGAUGAGAAGUCGAGUACCGCUUUCAACGAGAUGGUAGGAUGUGUGAGCCGGCAGUAUGGAAAGUUUAUUCCGUUGGAAGGGAUGGCGAUCAAUGGGAGAGAGACUGUCGGAGAAAACAUGGCGGAUAACGGAGGUAAUUUAAAUAGGUAAUCAAUGAAAUAACGAAUUUUUCAGCCGUUCGCGCCGCCUUCAACUCUUUCCAAGCAUAUCAAGAAUAUUAUGGACAAGAUCCAAGGCUACCUGACCCGGAUCUCGGAGAAUUUACUCAUAAUCAACUCUUCUUUCUCUCGUUUGCCAGGGUCUGGUGUGAUGCACCAACCGACGAUGAUGUAAAACAAUUUAUGUUGGUGGACAAUCACUCUCCAUCGAAAUACCGAGUUAUCGGAUCUCUUCAAAAUUUCCCCGCCUUCAGAGCCGCCUUCAAUUGCCCCAUCGGCUCAAAAUACGCGCCAGGGGAGAAAUGUGACGUCUGGGUUUCGGAUGUCAAGCCAGGUAAAAGAAAUCACAUGUUUGAAACAACAAAUGCCGUAAUUUAGCCCGGGGAGUCCCCGCUGUCCCAAAGGAAGAGCCAUCCUUGAAAAUCCAAGAUCGACUGGCGAACAAAACCGAGACAUUCAAGUCGAUCGCUACUCAACUGUCAGCAAAUUUGGACCUAGAUGUGCAGGCUUGCAACGACUUCCAUAGAUAUGCUUGUGGAGGGGGAAAAGAGAUCGAUCCUAUCUUCGAAGCCACGCAAAGAGUCGAUGAAGCCGUUAGAGAAAAAUUACAGGGAAAUGUUACGGUAAGUAAACACUGACUGAACCCGUACCCCCUUUCUAGGGUGCAUUGAAGAAGGCCAAGGCUCUUCACGACACUUGCAAGAGCGGUGGAAGUGAUGCUAGCGAAGAUGUGAAGAAAGCCAUUGAAGACCUCGAGCAACUCAUUGGACUUAAAUUCCCAUUGGUUAACAAGCUGACGGAGGUCGCAUUUUCUGAUCUACAGCUAGCCAAAGCCCUCUCGCAUCUCUCAUUUUCCCAUGGAAUCAACGCAGUAUACAAACUUGACGUACAACCGAAUACUCAAAGGAAUUUCGUUGGAAAGCCGUAUUUGUUCCAUAUCUCAGCACCCGAUGCCAUUUUCAAAAAAGCUGUCUACAAUUCUGGAGCAGUCUACGCCGAGUAUAAGGACAUCCUAGCGGAGCUUUUGCUAAAAACAUUGCAAAAGUUGUACCCAACAGAAACUGCUGAUGUCUCAGUUGCUGACCUUAAGAAUUCCCUAGCUGAGAUCGAUUAUUCUCAAGGAUUUCUGACCAAAAUCAACAGUCGGACUGCAAGCCAGAGAAAGUAUUCGCUUGACGACCUAAACAAGCUAUCGUAUGCUAAAGCUUUUGCUUUCAAGGAGCACUUCAACGAAUAUAGAAGAAUCCUGGAACUGGCCGAUUUGAAAGUGAAAGACCAGCUUGAUGGAAAAACAGAGAUUGUCCUGCAAGACUCCUUGGCUUUUACUGAGAGCUUAGAGUCGUUGGCUGCCGUGAGAGAGAGCAACCAAUCUUCUGCGAAUUUAGUCAACUACUUGUAUCUUCGAAUACUUCUGCAGUAUCAAACAUUUUUGGCGUUAGGUUCCAAGUUAAUGACGAAAAUUGCCCCAUCCUUACAUGAAACGCCGAUUGCAGUCGUUAAAGAAGACCAAAAAGCCUGUACAGAUGUUGUUCACAAACUAUUGCCUCCACUAUAUGCUCGAGCAGCAUUGGAUGGCAUCUUCGGCUCUCGAGAGGACUUCAAGAAGCAGCAGGAAAAGAUAGCUCAAAAAACGCAAGCUAUCGGCUUAACCUUUGAAAAUCUCUUGAAUGGCCUUUCCUGGGCCCCUUUGGCUACAAGACAAAAGCUCGUGAGGAAAGUCAAAGGCGCUGCAAGGAACAUUGGAGCACCAGAUUGGGUUUUUGACGACGAAACGUUGACGAAAGCAUAUGAAGAUCUCGAUGAGCCCAAGAUUUCCACGAUUAUCGGCUGGUAUGUCCAAGUAUCGCAAUUUAAAAAGGUCCAAUCCAUCCGCCAACUUACUCAGAAGGCCGUCCAAAGAGUUGACUUUGAGAACACCCACAGCGCUCUCGUUAACUUUGGAGUAUACACUGAGAGAGAUUUGAACUCGAUCAACAUUCCCUUAAGCUAUCUAGUCAGUCCGGUUUACGACGAGAAUAAUCCGCAGACAUGGACGUUCGCUUUCUUGGCAAAUGAGAUUGGAAAAGCCUAUGGCCAUUUGUUUGAUGUCCAAGGAAUCGAGCACGACGAAUACGGUCAACUGAAUCAACUGCUGGAUCCGGAAAGCGAACAAAAGUUGAAUGAAAUCUUCAGCCAACUGCUGAAAUAUUUCUCCGACGCCGAAAAAGCAAAGUUCUUGCUUGAUGACAUUAUCGCCGACCACACUGGCUUAAUUUUGGCUGAGAUUUCGUUGAGAAGAUGGAAGUUAGUUCAUGGUGAUGACGGAUCCUUGUCUGACGAGUUUUUGGGAUUGUUGUCCAGCUCUCAGCUUUUUUACUACACAUAUUCGCAAAAGUACUGCAAAAAAGAAGACCCAACAGGGCUGUUCAAGAACAAUGUCUACCUGCAAAAACACCUUGGAAAUAGAAGAGCUUUCCAAGUGGCUUUUAACUGUAACAGCACUCAGAAUUAUGCGCCGGAAAAUAGAGUUGACGUAAGUUGUCUUAAGUUGUCGUUAGAAGAAAAUUUUUAUCAUCGCCUAAUCUUACAACGCUAAUAAUUUCAGUUGUGGACCUCCGAAGCAACUGCUGUUAUUGGAGUCCCAGAGUUGCCAAAACUCAAACCGAAUCUCAACAUUCCCUCCCAACCCACCUCAAACAGCCCGAAGUACGAGGAAUGCGCCAACCAGUUCGCUGAGGCCAUCAAUGUCAACUUUGAUCCAUGUGAAGACUUUUAUAACUACACUUGCAACCGUUUCACUGGCGUCAGCAACUUCGGACCGCUCUAUCGACAGUAUACGGCUGAUAUCUACCGAAUGAUCAAGAAGCCACUUGUUGAAGAAGACCCCGCUGCCGUUAAAAAGGCAAAACGAUUCUUCAAACUGUGCAUGAAUUCGGUUGAGAACCCACGACGAGACGACACAAUUAUUGAUGAAAUCCUAAAGGAAUUUGCUGAUUAUUCAAAGAUGCCCUUCCCACUCAGAGACAAACAACAGAUCGCAGAAUAUCCGAGUGCUUAUGACAUUGGAAGAGCCAUUGGAUAUCAAUACUCCAAAUUUGGCAAUUCAAUUUUGAUAUCGAUUGUUGCAAAUGCGAAUUACAAACAUCCAGAGAAAGGUCUGGCGUUCGAAAUGUCCGGAGGAUUUUUCCUACAUGGCAUUGAAUUGCAACUCAACUUAACCGAAGAAAAGAUUGUCGAGAGUGCCAUGAGGAGUGUCAAUCGGUAUUUGAAACAUUACUCAGAAGAUGCGGACCAAUAUCAAGAGGAAUUAAAGAAGACAGCGACAAAAAUUGUGAGGCUAGAGAAGAGAGUGUUCUCCAGAAUGCAGGUUAACGCUACAAAACCCCGAGAUUUCAUCGAAUCGUUUGUGGCAUACCCUGUGAGGAAGAUUCAGCAACUCUCAACGUCCAUUGACUUCCGAGGCUUUGUGGAGGGAGUUCUCUUCGAGACGCCUGACCUUUGGCCAAAAUAUUUGCAUCCAAAGCAAGAAGUCUACGUCCGAGAUAUGGUACAACUUUAUACAGUACUCCUGGCCUUUGAUGACGCAAUGAAGGAAAAACUAGUAACACCUAAUGAUCUCUAUAAUUAUUUCUACUUCAACGCUAUCAGGUCAUUCAAUGCCCAAUUCUUGCCAAAUCCUCCAAAGCCGAGAAGCAUUAUGGAAACUAUUUCACCUCGAAAAGCACCAUCAAUCCCUAUAAUCACAACUUAUGAUGACACUCCCUUCCAUAUGACGGAUGAAGGCAAAGAAUUCACAGAAGAUGAAACAACUUGUCUUUUCAAAACAAUAUUCAAUUUUGAAGAGAUAGCAAGCGCUAUGUUUGUCAAGUCCAAGCUACCAACGCAGAAAGCGCAACAACAACUCCAGCUGGAAGUUGCCAAGAUCGCCGAUACAGUCUUACUGAGUUUCCGAAGCAUGAUAGAUCAAGUUAGUUGGAUAACAAAAGAGAGUCGAAAGGUAAUCAUCGCCAGUCCGUAUAUCCAUAUAAUAAAUUUGUUUUUUUAGCAAGCCAUCUCAAAACUUGACAACGCCGUCAAAAACAUUGCCUUCACUAAACUCUCUCAAAGUUUUGAAGCCGUCGAUGAGUACUACAAAGAAGUCGACUUCAAAGAUGAUGAAAUUCUUCAACGCGUGGAUUACUUGGUUCGAAAAUUGGAACUUGCGAAAAUGCGACAAAGAUUCAAAGAAACUCCGUUUGAUCGGCACAAAUUCAUGGGGUCUCCUUAUGCAGUGAAUGCGUGGUACUAUCCGAUCACAAACGGCUUGACCCUUCCGCUCGGUAUUCUCCAGGCUCCGUUCUACGAUAGGGAAUGGCCUGCGGCGGUGAAUUACGGAUUAUUGGGAGUUCUGGCUGGUCAUGAAAUCGGACAUGGAUUUGGUACGUAAAAUCAUAGGCUCCGAGAAACUUACCGCGUAUUUCAGACUUCAGCGGCAGUCAGUUUAACGGAGUUGGAGCGAUGGGGCGAUGGAUCGACAAAGAAAGCCAGGAAAGGUACGACAACAUGACUGACUGUGUUGUGAACCAGUACAACAACUUCUGCGAAGACAAAAACUGCGUGAACGGAGACCAAACCAAAGGAGAAAAUGUCGCCGACAAUGGUGGAAUUCAAGCCGCCUUCAGAGCGUAUAGAAAUGCUAUUUCGCGAGAUGGCGCCUCUCCCCGACUUCCCAAUGAUUUGAUCGGCCAAUUCACUAGUGAUCAGCUUUUCUUCUUGGCCUUUGGAAGGCUGUGGUGUGAUCAGAAUACCCCGCUGGCCGAAUAUAACGACAAUCAUCCGCCUGGAAGAUACCGAGUUCUCGGCUCAUUACAGAACUUCCCAGCGUUUAGAGAGGCAUUCAACUGUCCAAUCGGAAGUAAAUAUGCACCAGAAGAGCGUUGUGACGUCUGGAUCAGCGAUGUCGAACCAUGUAGGUCAUCUUAAUUCCAUGUAAAACGGAUUUUUCAGCUCUUGGAAUUCCUCCUACAACGACAACAUUAGCGCCAGCCAAUCUUCCCUCAGCUCAAAGCAAAGACAGCGAAAAGUUCAACGAAGUCAAGACUAGUCUACUUCAAACCAUUGACGUGGAUGAAAGUCCAUGUGACAACUUCUAUGACUAUGUAUGCAGCAACUUCAUAAAGGGAGCAGAAACUGACGAGCAGGCGGCUACAAGACUUGCGGCCAGUCGGGUUGUAAAGGCAUUGGAAUCCGGAAACGUUGAUAUCCCAGAGAAGAAGAUCAUCAAUAAUUAUUAUAGCUCAUGCCUAAAGCGGCAACAAGACAACGAAGCGUUGAAAUCAACAGUGACAUUGAUCGUUGACAGGUUCGCCGAGGAGAUUGACACCAAUUUCACAUUAUUCGAAACUGAAUCAUCUGUUAUCGGAGAAAACUUCUUCGAAAAAGCCAUUGGCGCGUUAAAUGGGAUUUUUGGAAUUGGUAGCUUGAUCGACAUCAACAUCGAGCCAAAUUUAGAGACAACAGAAUUUGCUUAUCCAGUUUAUCUCCUUCAAUUUGACGAGGCCUCUUUAUCCCACCCUGCCGAAAUAUAUCGAACCAAAUAUCAGGAGAAAACAAAGGGCUGGGUAACAAAUGAGAUUAAACAAGUCUUGCAAGCCUAUGGAAAACUAAUCUCUGCGGCUCAUGUUGACUACGAUAAGGCCGCCGAGAAAAUUUACAAACUAGAAGCUCUUUUGUCGACCUAUUCAAACUCCUUGGAGAGAAAGAGGACUAUGAGAACCCGGCAAAAUAUUCAAUUUGCAGCCAAUUUAACCAAUGAUUACCCAGACUUUGACUGGCUGGUCCUCUUCCAAAAGUAUCUGAAAUCGGCGUCAUCUGCUGUCAGAUCCAAGGUUAUAACUGAAGAAGCCGGAAAACCCCCGGUUCUGAAUAAUGAAUUCAUAUUGAGCAUUAUGAAUCCAGUUGGACUUGGGGAGACGUUAAAGGCGUGGAAGAACGAAAAAUCCGGAAUUCUUCCCGAAGAUAUGGUCAACUACCUGUAUUUCAAGUUGCUGUGGGGCAUACGGUAAGUCCUUGAUGCUCUGAUAAUUUAAUCUUUCAAUUUUUCAGUCACAUUCUUCUGAAGAAACCUCAUGAUGGACUGAAUGACAAUUUACCGGCGACAGAUCUGAACACACUCUCUUGCGCAUUGGAAACUCGAAGCCUUGGCCCACUGCAUUCCAAAUACUACUUUGAAGGAAAUGAAAUUGCCUUCAAGGACGUCCAAGAGAACGUCACCAGGCUGACGAAUGCCAUCAUAAACUCACUAUUAACUCAUAUUCGGCAAACAACCUGGGCUUCUCAGCAGGCAAAGAAUGCCGCAAUUGGAAAGUUAGAGAAUCUUCAAAUUAAUGCCAUUGGAGAUACGAAAAUCAUCCAAGACAAUUAUAUCAAGGAAUAUUUUGAAGGCUACCCUGAUCUUUCCGACAGAGAGGCUUUCGGAGAUUAUUGGCUAGCGCAGACGCAGUUUAGAAAAGGCAAAGAGCUGGCGAAACUGUUGAAAAAUUCAGUGGAACGAGGUUUCGAUGAAAGUCCAAGUCAUGUAAGCACAUAAGAAACGUCUGUAGCUUCAUUUCAGGUCACUCCAUACUACAACUACAUCACAAAUACGCUGACUGUGCCAGCCGGAGCAGCUUCUGCACCUUUCUUUGACUUUGACUACCCAUUAUCGGCGAAUUACGGCGGACUUGGCAUCAGAAUUGCUCAUGUUUUAGCCCACUCGCUAGGUAAAUUUACGCUGAGUAUAUCUCAAUCGUUUCGUUUCUAGACGCAAUCGGAAUUCAAUUGGACAAACUUGGACACUACAGUGACUGGACGGAUUCGAAAGACGCUUUCGAAGAAUUGACUAGAUGUCUGAAGCUCCAAUACAGCAAAUUCUGUCCGGUAAUAGAGGAAGGAUACCCUGUACGAUGCAUAAACAACGAUGAGAUAGUCCCAGAAAACUUUGCUGAUAACAUCGGUAAUUGGUCCUACCUAUAUAACAUCUUUUGAAUUUUUAGCGAUCCAUGUGGCUUACACCGCCUAUCAACUGGCUGAAGGAGAGUUCGGCGCAGACUUACGGUUCAACGAUAAUUUACUCGGACAACUUGGACCUGAACAAACAUUUUUUCUGGGUUAUACUCGACAAUACUGCGAGAGUAAUCGAAAAGAAAGUCAGAUAUUCAGCCAAUUGAUUACGGGAAAAGCAAUUCCAUCGAGAUAUCGAGUAGAAGGGACGCUAGAGAAUUACAAAGCCUUCCAAUCGGCCUUCCAUUGUCCGGCUGGAAGCGGAUAUGUGAAGGAAAAGCCGUGCGAAGUCUUUACUGGUGCUGGAGGUAAGCGAAUUUUCGUACGAAGCGAUUCUACGCCAACUUCUUGCAGCAAUCAAAUCAAAUCUUCCCACGACGAACAUCCGCGACAAGAAACAAAUCGACAGGAGCUAUCCAGAAGGCCAGCUGAAAGCAUAUCAGCAGGCUGUGGACCUUUUCAACUAUUCGAUGGACUUGACUGCCGAUCCUUGCAACGAUUUCUACAAAUAUGCCUGUGGAAAGUACGAAAAGCCUGUCAGUUUCCUUGUCUUGAGAAACGAGAACUACAAGAAUCAGGCACAAGCGAUCAAAAAUAUUGAUGUGAAGUCUGAGGUAAGGAGAGCGGAGAAAAUAAUCUUCUGAGCGAUCUCGAAAUCGUCUCCGCAAGCAUACAUGCGACAAAUGCAGCUCCUAAAAUGCAAAAAAACUAGUAAAACUUACCCUUUCAACCAUCUUUGGAUAUUACACUUGGUAGAGCAUCACAAAAUUGACUCGUAAUUUUGCGCCAUAACCAGCAUGCCGGCCUGUCUUCACUGCGUUUUCAUCUAAAACCAAUCAAAAAAUGAGGAAAACAGACGUCGGUAGUGCAAUAUAAAAUUACCUAAAAACUGGAACACACUUUCUUCUGCAAUUUUUCAUGCCGCAGAUGGCGCAAGAAUAACUUUAGCUAUCUCGCGAAAUUUUUUUUACAAGAGGUACUUCAUUUAUAAUCGUUCUGUAACAAAAGAAAAGCGGUCCAAUGAAAAAUAGUAAAAAAAUGGGACAACAUUUUUUGACAUUUCGCCACAAAAUCCAAUAAACAGCCACAAUCGAGAUUCGGUACAUUUUUUCCACUUUUUCAGCCCUCCAAAGCGUUGAUCAAGCUCCGUGAAUACUACAAUCAAUGCAUCACGUUCCAAAACAGCUUCCCCGACAAUAUCAAAGCAGGCAUUCAAAUCAACCAGAUCGUGAAUAAGCUCCAAGCCGCUUUGGGUGAUAUUAUUCCCACAAUGUUCUUCAAGGAUCGUCAAAAUGAUCCCGAGAAAACGAUAAAAUGGUCUGAAGCAAUCGCUCAUCUCCAAAUUGUCGAGGGCGUGGAUACCUUCAUCACACAGACGAUUGAAGUCGAUGCCGUUGAAGGGAGCGCGAAGCCCGGGAUCACGCCCAAAAUGUUGUAUCUGGACGAGGCUACAUUGGUUUGGCCCAAGAGCUACUACCAGGAAGCGCCUUGGAAACAGCAGGAGAAAAAGUACAAAGAAAAAAUCCUCAAGGUCCUGAAAAACUUCCAAAAAGUCUUACCUGAGAGUGAUGCUGACGAGGAGCAGCUAAAGAGUUAUGUCGAGAAAUUCGCAAGAAUCGAACUCAAACUGGCCAAGGCUCCAUUCGCCACGGACGAAACAAAAAGGCGAAAGUACACGUGUCAUAAGUACACUGUUGCGGAACUGGAUCGCAACUUCCAAGGGUUCUUCCAUGACCUUUAUUUGGAGGCUUUGCUAAGGUUAACCGGAACAUCAAUGACUCCGGAUGAAACUUAUCAACUUGCGCUGAAAUGGCCCCAAACAUACGGGAAAUUCAUUGAAGCCUUGGAAACGGAACAAUUUGAAGGUGAAGAUGCGGUUGUCAACUACCUGUUUAUGCGACUGCUUCUUGCAAAUGAGGAAUGGAUUCCAAAUGACGAUAAAAUCGACGAAUCCCGGGAUUUGGAGAAGAUUUGCGGCGAAAAAACGCAAAUGAUGAUGAUGUACGCGAAUGGCAGAGCAUUCGCAGAUUAUAUGUACAAGACGCCCGAGGGCAAAGCAAAGGCCAAGUCGGAUGUGAACAAGAUGAUCGACAAUAUUCGAUAUCAAUUCCAAGGCAUGCUCGACGAACUUUCUUGGGCGAAAUCUUCGAAACGGUUUUUGGAGGGCAAAGUAAGCGAACUCCAGAAGAACAUCCUGUAUCCGGAGUUCUCCAUGGAUAAUGCAAGGCUUGAUGGGUACUAUGGCAGUUAUACUACGGGGACGGACUUUUUUGAUUCGACGAGAAAACUGCAAAUCGACUUGAAACAUCACGAAUAUUUCUAUUUGACUGAUGGUGGGAAAGAUUAUAGAGAUGACUUCAUUCAAUGGCCGGGAACAGUAAAUGCUUGGUAUGAGGUGAGUUGAAGUAUCAAACAAGAUCCUUUCGAAUAUCAGUGGGUUCGUUAUACAGAGGUUUCUUUCAAUCAGUCUAUCGGGAAAAUAGUGAGCGCAAUGUCGGUGUGCCGAUCGCGUCGUUGAAGUGAAAAGCAAUUUGAUUUUGUUGCUACACAAAUGCGAUUUUGAAUGCAACAUUGUGCUCAUUAUUUUCCAGAUAGGCUGAUAAAUUCCAAAAAAUCCGCAAGUCUUUACGGGCAAUUUCAGAGGUUUCAAGAGUCAAACUCAACCUCCCUGCGACGAACCCUCUUUAUAACAAAUCAAUUUUUUGUCCCCUUGCUAUUUGUUACACUGAAUGGCUCCAAUACUUGAUUUUCCCAUAUAUAUUUCAGCCCUUCUACAACUCUCUAACAAUCCCCGAAGGCAUUGUUCAGCCACCCUUCUAUCACGCUGAUUUCCCAACUUCGGUCAACUAUGGUGGACUUGGCGUCAUCACUGGUCAUGAACUUUCUCAUGCUUUUGGUGAGCUCUUGUUUUGGCUGGACUAGUAGCAUUUUCGUAAAGUGCAGGGGCAUUUUUUUGCUUUCGCACAGUGAAUUUUGAACUUCCUCACGCUUGUCGCCAACGCACAGCGCAUUUUCUCUUUUCGCACUGUGCAACCCUCAAAAAAGCCGUUUGCACAGUGCGAAUUUCUGAUGGCGCCGCGGCGACGUAGUUGAAACUGGCCUCUUUCGCUGCGAUAAUUUAAAUGCACAGUGCGAAACGCAAAAAAAAAUAGUGAAAUGAACUGUGCAAAAUGGGGUCUUUUUUGUGCACGGUGCGGAGAAUCUCUAUGCAUUUUAUGAAAAAAAAAAUUUUUCACUAGUGCAAUUUGAAUUAAAAAUUAAAAUUUUUGUCUUCCAGACGACGAAGGGAUCCAAUGGGAUGGCAUUGGAGUGCGCAACAGCACCGGUUUGAGCCCAGAGACCCGCAACAGCUUCGAUGAUAUGGCUCAAUGCAUAGUGGAUCAAUAUGGAAGCUUCCAGCCGUUGGAUCCCUCCAAAUACUCGCCGUCCAAGCUGAACGGAGAGAACACACAAGGAGAGAACAUUGCGGACAAUGGCGGAAUCCAUGCGGCGUACCGUGCCUACAAAAACCAUGUCCAUUUGAAUGGCCAAGAGCCCCAGCUUCCGCAUCCAGUGUUGGGCCGUCUUUCGCACGAUCAACUCUUUUUCCUGGCGUUCGCGCAGGUGUGGUGUCAAGUUGAGGCCAAGCCCGAUGCAAUGCACACGCAGAUCUUGGUGGAUGAACACUCACCGUCCAUCUAUCGGGUCAUGGGAACGGUGCAGAAUUUCCCGGCCUUCAGAGAGGCGUUCAACUGCCCGGUCAACGCGCAUUACACCCCGCAAAAGCAUUGUAGUGUCUGGGUGCCGGAGAGAAGACUGGUUUAA